CAUCCUUCCGUGAACAUGGUCUCCAUCCUCUCUUUGCCUUUGCCGGAGCUCUCCAAGAAACUCCGGGAUGGUUCCCUCCCUCCGGAGCACGUCUUCUAUGCCUACGUGGGGAAGGCCCUCCAGAUCGCCACAGAAACCAACUGCAUCACGGAGUAUCUGGAGGAGAGCGAGACCCAGCUCCGGAAAGCGAGUCCGAGGAAGCCAGGUUUGCUCUACGGGGUGCCUGUCAGCAUCAAAGACUCCAUCAACUGCCAGGGUUAUGAUUCCACUUUAGGGUUUAUAAAAAACAUCAAUAAACCCGCAGCAGAGGACAGCGUCUUGGUGCAGGUGCUCAGGAGGCAGGGGGCAAUUCCGUUUGUCAAAACCAACGUUCCCCAGUCCCUCAUCAGCUAUGACUGCAAGAACAUCAUCUUUGGUCAGACACGCAACCCUCUGCUCUACACCAGAAGCCCUGGAGGCUCCUCUGGUGGUGAAGGGGCACUUAUAGGAGGAGGUGGGUCCAUCUUGGGCUUUGGGACGGAUGUAGGAGGGAGCCUGCGCUUCCCUGCUGCCUUCUGUGGGAUCUGUGCGCUCAAACCCACCGGGAACAGACUCAGUAAAAAAGGAGUAAUUUCUGGUGUCCUUGGACAAAAGGCAGUGAUUGCAGCAGUGGGGCCGAUAGCAAAAGACGUGGAGAGCCUGGCGCUGUGCAUGCGGGCGCUCCUGAGCGAGGAUAUGUUCAGCCUGGACAGCACGGUGCCCCCUCUUCCCUUCAACGAGGAGGUGUAUUCUGGCACACAGCCCCUCCGCAUAGGCUACUACGAAACUGAUUUCUACACCAUGCCAAGCCCUGCCAUGAGACGUGCUGUUCGGGAGACAAAGCAGCUGUUGGAGGAUGCUGGCCACACGCUGGUGCCCUUUGAGCUCACAAAUGUGGACUAUGUGGUCUUUAACUUCUGUGUCAGGGGCCUGUUUGCAGAUGGAGGCGUCUCCUUUGUCAAGAAGUUCAAAGGGGAGCUGGAGAGAGGCACCACAGGGCUGUUCUUCUGGCUGGCGAGGUCACCAAACUGGCUAAAAACCGUCCUUUCGUGGAUUGCCAAACCUUUCGCGCCUCGAUUUUCGGCUAUUGUAAGAAGCAUGAGAACAAACACAGUGGAUGAAGUCUGGAAUCUUCAUAAUGAAAUCGAGGAGUUUUGCCACCAGUUCAUUGCCCAGUGGAAGAAGCUGAAUCUGGACGUCAUGCUGUGUCCCAUGCUGGGCCCUGCCCUUCGCAUUGGCUACCCUCAGAAGCUCACAGUGGCAGUCAGCUACACCAUGCUCUACAACACCUUGGACUUCCCCGCUGGCGUGGUCCCUGUCACGAUCGUGACGGACGAAGACGAGGAGGAACUGAAGGGCUACCAGGGGUACUUUCGGGACUGGUGGGACCGAACCCUGGCAAAGGCUUUGCGCGGCAGCGUGGGGCUGCCCGUGGCCGUGCAGUGUGUGGCCUUGCCAUGGCAGGAGGAGCUGUGCCUCCGGUUCAUGAAGGAAGUGGAGACCCUCGUCACCAAGAAGAACAUGUUCAUCUGA